AAUCCAGCGACCACAACGAAAUGUUAAUUGAGGUAGUGCUGCAUUUGUCAAACACACUGUUUAGCCUUCAUCCCGAAAUUCGUUUUUUAAAAAGUUGUUGGGUUUAUUAUUGAAAGUGCAGCUUCACCUUUAUUUUAUUUCUCUAUGUGAGAAACUCUGACUCUUACAAAAACAUGUCUCAAAUUCCUUACAAAAAAACAUUUUAAACAUCUUAAACACCCCUCACUGGAACUCAUUGGAAUUCUCGGUUGUAUGUUUAUGUGGAUGGGGACAAUUGUACAAUAUUGAACAUCAUUUAUAAACAAUAUUAAACAUAAAUAUUGAUAUAUUUUAGCGAAGUGAACUUCAAGCAAAUUUAAGUUGCCCCAAAAGAAAUACUGUAAAUAAAACUCUUGCACGCUUGUAGACUGUCCUGUUGAUAGACCCAUUAUUUGUUUGGUAAUAAAUACACAGUCAGCUUCAUCAUUUGCAUACUUUGUCUUUGUUUGGUAAAUAAAAAUUUUGUAGUAUAUCCAAAGUUUGCAUUGAAGUUGGAAAUAAACAAAGGAAGUACAUAAAACUUGCAGUGAUUGCUUGUGGAGCAUACCGUUGAUAGCCUUAAUAGGUGUUGAAAAUGAGGAAGAAACUUUGACAGUUACCCACAGUGAUAAUGAAACUGCUCAUUCACUUGCAACGUUGAUACCAGUAUGACCUCUCUGUAUAUUCCUCACCUAUUAAUACUCACUGGGCUCAUAGGGAUCCACAGUGACAUUAUUACAGUGAGUAAAGUGUCAGUCCAGACCAGAGGCUCCAUCUCAAUCCCAUGUCUAUAUGGGUUUCACCACAGAAACCAUGUGAAAUACCUGUGUCGAGGAUUUUUUUUUAAUUUCUGCAAAAUAGUAGUUCAAACAAACCAACCAAAAAGUAGCUCAGGAAGGUUUUCAAUCUACGAUGACACAAACCAAACAAUCUUCACUGUAUCAAUUAAUGAUCUGAGAGAUGAGGACAAUUAUUACUCUUGGUGGUGUGCUGUGGAGAUUGAAAAUGCGGCAGAUGUGAAACAACGUCUUUAUCUGUCAGUCACCUCAGGUAUGUCAAAUUUGUACGUGGACCAACAGGAACUCACAGCAUUUGAAGGAGGAAGCGUGACUGUUCUCUGCCACUAUAAAUAUCUUAAACAAACAAGGUGGUGCAGGCUGAGCAGGGACUGUGUGACAGAUCAGACCGGAUCAAUAGAUGGAACACCUGUGACCAUCAAUACUAGUGUCCCUGAUGUUUUCAGCGUGGCUAUGAGUAAACUGAGAAAAGAGAGCAGUGGCUGGUAUUUGUGCUCCAAUGGAGACUUAGAGAUGCCAGUGCAUAUAACUGUUAAUGAAUUAAUCUCAACUACUACAACUACAGUGAGCCCCACUACAGCAAUGACACUCUCAACCACUCAGCAGCAUUCCUCCAUGCUCACGAGCACUGAGCCAUGCACAGCUCAUCCCACAAAUACCACCAUAGCUACAACAGGUGGAGAGAGUCUACAAGAUGACCUCAAGAGUUCCACCAAGGUGACGAUUCUCAUCACUACCCUGGUCCUACUCUUGUUGGUUGUUCCUGCUGCCUUUUUUGGAUGGAGGAUGAUAAAACAUAGUAAGUCCAAACCUGAGGGACCUGACAUUGCUGCGGGCUCACAAACUGGAAGAGAUCCUGAAGUGCUUUAUGCUACUGUUACUUUUAAUAAACAUGUAGCAGCCCAGAGAAAGGGCAACCAUAUGCCUGAGGAGAGUGUGACAUACAGUACCAUUGUUAUAAAAGAUAGAGAGUAAAAGACUGAACCACCUGAUGGAGGUGUGAUCAACAGCACACUACACACUGAAAUGUAACGCAAAUAUAAUUAGCAGAUAAUGAGCAGCACUGGAUAAUAGAACAUUAAUCCUGCAACACUGAUUAAGUGAUUCUGGUGUCAUUUUAUUGGUUGAAUCUUACAUUACUUUGGAUUAAUCAGUCAGUCCUACAUUGUGUAUUGGAGAUGUGCAGUUCAGUGACUUUCAGUUAUGGGUAUGUCAUGGCAGAUCUGCUCACAUACAGUGCAUCAUAGGUUUCCCACAAGCACAUGCAUACAGGUCAAGAAAAUAAAAUGGCAAGAGUGGAAAAGUGGUUUGGUGGGUGGUGCUAAACCUGUGGUUGUGAUGUCCUGAAUCUGUUGCUGCAAGUUUGACACACUGAGUCAGGGCAAAAACAACAGUUGGACCAUAAACAAGAAACCACUAAAACCGACCAAAUAAAGGAAACGGCUUUGUGACUAAAUUA